CGUAUAUAUUCGAUAUGGUGAAAAAAUGAUAGAAAUAAGCAUGUGUCAGAAUGGCCACAGGACUGAGUGUAUCAGAAGUGCUUAACGCUGGGGACUUAAAAUACGACUUGCCGUGCACAGAGUGUCAGGAGCACGGACUAAACUCUGGGGCCGUCUAUUUCUGUCAACACUGCAGCCGUCAAUUGUGCGGCCUGUGUUUAAAGCAACAUGACCGAUUUUACCGGAGACAUACCGUUCUUGGUCCAGAAAAGAUGAAUUCAUGGGGAAAGGUGAAAAACACGUGCAAAAUACACCCUGGUGAUGAAAUGGUGGUAUUUUGUAGAGACCAUUGGCAAACCUGUUGCGUCACAUGUCGAAAUGAGCUACACAGAAAAUGCAAACGAGUUAUUCGUCUACAACACAUGGUUAGAUCAUCAAAACCUCCUAAAGCUUCCGCUCAGCCCGAAGGUAAAUAUCGUGCUAGGACAAAUGAGCAUGCAAAAACGCUUGUGGUUACGUACAUGAUUCCCGACAAACCAUACACAGUGAUAAAAAGCAAAUGCUUCGGAGUCAGAUUAGCGAAUGACAACCAUCGAUGCUCAAUACAAGGUAUGGCAGCUCUGCCAGGUGGUGAAAUCAUCAUAACUGACUAUUCGAACAGAAAGCUUAAAUUGCUUUCGACAGAUUACAUCGUGGUGGAUCAUGUCAGAGUUUCAAAGAAGCAAUUAGGCAUCUGCGUCGUCUCUGACAACCAGGUGGCUGUCUGCACUGGAGACUUCGAAAUACAGUUCUUCCACGUCAGAAACAGCAAACUAGGGAUUGACAGGAAACUCAAAAUGGACCAUGAAUGCAGGUGGGUGGCAUACCGGGAAGGUUACCUGUAUGUGUCAUCUCCUGACACUGUUUACCAGUACACACUCAGUGGUCAGAGGGUGCGAAAGUUAUAUACAACAUGUGGAGGGUAUUUGUGGGGGAUCGCAAUGAGCUCAGACGGGGACCGAAUCUACCUCACUAACGGUUUAGAUAACCAACUUGUCACUGUGGACUUGCAAGGCCGAGUGGUGGCUACAAUAGAUGAUAGGGACAUGGACCGCACCAGAGGUGUUUGUGUUUCCAAUAGUGGACAGGUGUUUGUGUGUGGGUACAUUUCAAAUACUAUACAGCAGGUGGCUAGUGAGGGCAAACACAAACUGACCACACUGGCUACCGAAAGGGAUGGAGUGUGUCGUCCACAAUCAGUAUGCUAUGACAGCAGGACAUCAUGCCUUAUAGUGGGGCAAGCGUAUACUUGUCAUAUUGUGGUGUUAAAAUUGAAAUAACUGAUGCACUAUUCAAUAACAUAUUCACGUAUGAUCACAUACAAAUAAACUUAGGAAUAUAUAAAGUAAAUGGAAUACAGUAAAGUAGAAUAAAUAAAUACGAUUCACAUACAAAUACCGGGGUCGGAGCAUUACAUGCCGUCACUGGAGCCAAUUGGAUAUACUAUAAAGACAAUUUAAGGAAAUGAACAACGGACGCAUUAGAGAUUAUUGUUACGUUUGAACAUAUUGUUAUUAAUAAAU